AUAAAACACAAGCUCACAGAUCUUCUGGGCUUGAAGCAUUGACCGCUAAUGCCAAACACAAAACUUUGUUUAUUUAAUUGUUUAAUUAUUCUUUAAAUUAAAUUUAUUUACUGGAGUUGGAAUACAAUAUCCAACUGAGGACAAUACAUAAGAUGGCCAGACCUGAUGAUACCGAGACUGCAUACAAAGUCUUUAAUGACCCCAUCCACGGACACAUUGAACUCCACCCUCUUCUGGUCAAAAUCAUAGACACACCUCAAUUCCAAAGACUGAGGAACAUCAAGCAGCUCGGAGGGGUCUACUACGUUUUCCCCGGAGCAUCUCAUAAUCGCUUCGAGCAUUCCAUUGGAGUUGGGUACCUGGCUGGAGAGCUUGUUAAAUCUCUGCAAAAGAAACAGCCUGGACUGAAGAUCGAUGAGAGGGACGUCCUCUGUGUGCAAAUCGCUGGCCUCUGCCAUGAUCUGGGACACGGACCUUUCUCUCAUCUGUUUGAUGGGAUGUUCAUUCCUAAAGCACGUCCAGAUUUGAAAGAGGACAAAAUAUGGACGCACGAGAAGGCAUCGCUAGACAUGUUAAACCAUCUGAUUGCUGUUAACAACCUGAAGCCGGUGAUGAAGAAGUACAAGCUGGUGCUGAAGAAGGACAUCACCUUCAUCGAGGAGCUGAUCUUUGGGAAAAGGACCGACCCUAGUGAUUCAACAAAAAAGUUGCCAUACGAAGGCCGUCCAGAGAAGCCUUACCUGUACGAGAUUGUAUCCAACAAAAGGAACGGCAUCGAUGUGGACAAAUUUGAUUACUUUGCAAGAGACUGCCAUCACCUGGGCAUCAAGAAUAACUUUGACCACGACCGCUUCAUCAAGUUUGCCAGGGUGUUUAAGGUGGACGGGGAGGAGCAAAUCUGUACCAGGGACAAGGAAGUGGGCAAUAUGUAUGACUUUUUCCACACAAGAAACUCUCUCCACAGAAGUGCUUACCAGCACAAAGUCAAAAACAUUGUGGAGAUCAUGAUCACAGAGGCCUUUUUAUUGGCAGACAAACACCUGAAAUUCGAGGGGAAGUUCACAUUGUCCACAGCUAUAGAUGACAUGGUGGCAUACACCAAGCUGACUGACAACGUCUUCGAACAGAUCUUCCUUCCUACCCCGUGGGAGCUGGAUGAGGCCAGGACAAAGGAGGAUCUGCAGGAUCUGAAUAAGGCCAGGGAGAUCCUAACGAACAUCCGCCGUCGCUGCCUCUUCAAGUGUGUGGGCCAGUUCUAUUCAGCAUAUCGAGCUGACAUCGAGGAUAUGCGUCUGCAUUUGCUAGAUGACCAGAAAAAUCCCCUGGCCAUUAAACUGUUGCCAGAACACCUCAAAGUUAUCAAGAUGGACUAUGGCAUGAAGACAGAGAAUCCCAUUGAUCUCGUCCGUUUUUACCGCAAGGGAGACAAGGAGGCCUUCAAGAUCUCCAGGGGCCAGGUGUCCACGCUCAUCCCAAGACACUUUCAGGAGUGGUUGCUACAGGUGUACUGUACGGAGACUGAUGAGAAGAUUCUGGCCAUGGCCAGGAAAGAAUUUGAAGUGUUGUGCCAAACUUGGACAAGCAAAAAGGUGCCCACGCCCAUCCCAGGAGAAUUUGAGGUUUGGUUACUACAGGUGUACAACGGUACUACGGGGACUGAUGAGAAGACCCAGAUGAUGGCCAGGGACUUCUAUGAACUUUGGCGCAAAACUUUGACAAGCGAAGAGAAAAGAGCUCCUUGAGAUGUGAACCCUCCGGAGCUGGAAGCCAAUGAAGGCCCAAAUCCAACUUCAAUUUUGAAAGAACCAAAAGAAACAAGAUUUUUCUGGCUGCUUUUUUGGAUAUUGGUAUGGGUAGGAAAUUUGAUGCCUAAAGUAGAUUUUUAAUAAUUACAAUCCACCAUUUUAACCAGAAAAUGUCCUAAAUCAAAGACACACUCCAAACAAGCUUAAACAACUUUUUUGUCUUCAAGUUCAGUUUCAUCACCAGCUGCACCAGCCAUCACCAGCUGCUGGUUUUGUUUUUGUUUCUUUGUUUCUCUUCAUUUAGAUAUGCAGUUUCUGUCCAUAGUUUACAUUUUAGCUUAAGGGGAAUGUAACGCUGAGACUUUUCAUGCAAGAACACUUUUUAGUGUUUCUGGAUUGAUUCGAUUUUUACAGAAAAGAUAGGGUAGGCAAAUUAUUUUCAAAGUAUUAUCUCUCAUAUUUCUUGAAAUUAUUUUUACAUGCCGACAGCAAUCAAUAAAUAAAAUGGUCGGACAGAAAAACAAGGAAAUCCGGUAUCUGUGGCGAUCACAAGCCUGUAAUAAGUCUGUCAAAUCAAUUCAUCACACUUGAAUGUGUAUUUGUUUGCAGUGGGUUUUAACUUCAUAUAUGUUCGCUGUACUGAUUUAGUCCCGGCAAUAAAUGGCCAGAAUCAAAGCAGACUACAGACACUAUAAUGAAUACAUAUAGUCUAAUCUUUGUUCAUGUUUUUUUUGUAAUGCGUUUAAUAUUCAUUUGGUUGAAGUAUUCUUUUUCAUUUUCAAAGUUUGAAUAUCUUCCUUAAUAAUAAUAAUAAUAAUAAUAAUAAUAAUAAUAAUAAUAGCAACAAUAAUAAUAAUUGUGGGUAGAUUCGUCCUUUGUUUGGGUUACUAAGGUAAACCUACCACAACGCUUGAUACAUUUUGUUCCCCGUGUGUGUGUGUGUGUGUUUGUGCGUGGGUUAAAUAUAUAUUCCGUCUACGUUCAUGUUUAGUGCUCUUUUCAAAGAUAUAUUAUGAUAUAAGGUUGUAUUUAGGGCCCAGGAAUAUUGUUUGAAUAUUGCUUGCUGUUCUGCUAAUAAGGUUAACUGAAAAGUAUAUUUUCAAAAGAUAGACAGAGGCUGGGGCAAAAAUUGUGAUAAAUGGUGAUGAAAAAAAUAAACGGCUUUG